CAUAUACAUACGUAUUUAUGCAAUGGAGUGUGUUGUAAGCAUCCAAAUCCAAUUAUAACAGUAAGCAUAUCAUACAAGCAACAGACUUUUCAAGAAACAUGUAUCAAAAUCAAACCCAAAAAAAUAGAUUUAUUUCUCCUAACAACAUUACCUAAGAAACAAAUCUACAUUAUACCCAAUUUAACCUAACAAGGAAACGUUUUGUAUGAUAUUAUAUUUGUAUUUCUACUCACAAGAAAAAUCAUUUACAUGCAAAAAAGCAUUGCUCCUUUUAUUUGCUUUACAAGAAAAAAAGAAGAGAGUUUCAGUUUAUUAAAUUUUCUAACCAACUCCUCAUCGUCAGGCAAAAUCGGUUGGCCUAUCUCUAUUUCCCUUCUUAAACAAUUAACACCCAACCCACAAAUUAUUUAGCAAUAUAUAUACAUAUAUUCAUUUAUAAAGCAUUACAUGUUUAUAAAUAUACAUAUAUAUAGAAGACCUUGCUUGAGAAACCUAUUUCAAGAUUUGGUGGAUCAUUCAAGAACACACACAUCUUCAACUUCUUGAAAGAGAAAAAAAAUAGCAAAACUAGAAUGAAGAAGACAAUGGAAGAGCCAAGCAAGAUCAUGAGAAGAUCAAUCUACACUUUCCUCAAACACUAUGACCGAGCCACCACCGCAGCCGCCCUUGUCCUCCCUUUCUCAGCCGCUCUCCUCCUCUCUCAGCCCUUCUUCUCUUCUUCCUCUUCCUCCCUUCAUGGGAAGCUAAACAUGCUCUUCCGCGGUGCUGGUUUCUCUUCUUCUCUUGACUUCUUCAACAUUCUAAGCCUUAAACUCUCACAAACCCUCUCUUCCUCUCUGUUCACUCUCCCUUUCUCCCUCACUUUCCUCCUCUUCUCCAAAGCUUACAUCAUCAAGCUUCUUUCAAACAGCCAUGGAGACUCCUCUCUUUAUUACUUCCGUCUUCUCAGAACUUACAUUUGCAACUCCUUCUUCCUUCUCUCCGCAAACGCCUCUGCUUUUGCUCUGUUCUUUGUAUCAUUCAAUCUCAUUGAAUCUUUCGGACUCUCUUCAAGAAACUUCUACACUCUCUUCUCCUUAUCCUCAGCCAUUAUCUACUCCAUCAUCCUCGCAAACGCAUUUGUCAUCUCCAACCUAGCGUUGGUUUCGUCAACUUCCUCUUCCUCAGGAGGAUACACAACGAUUCUCAAGGCGUGUCUUCUCAUCCAAGGAAGAACUUCGACAGCACUGGCUCUUUCUCUGCCUACCAAUCUCUGCUUAGCAGGCGUAGAAGCUUUGUUUCAGUACCGAGUAGUGAGCUCUUAUUACAAAGGAGAUAGAGGCAUCACCUCCAUAGCUCUCGAAGGAGCGUUCAUAGCUUACUUGUACGCUCUCUUCUUGGUUCUUGACACCAUAGUCAACUACCUCUUUUACCAAAGCUGCGUCAAGAACGAUGAGGAUCAAAGGAUCAGUAGAGAAGACGAGUACUCUAUCAAGAUUCAAAUCAGCGAGACAGAGAACACCAAGAUAUGCAUCAAAGGACCAAAGAGUUUCCAGGAAAUCUUGUGAAUUUCUGUAAAGAGAUUAUUGAUUCUUUAAAGAUACUCUUCAGGUAGCUUUCACUUCAAAGAAGGGCAAAGGUAGACGGUGGAGAACAAUCAAUCACAGGAUCUGCAAACUUCUCUCAUUCUGCUUUUGUUUUCUUUAUUUUAGUUAUUACAUUUUCCUCUUUUACUUGUCAUCAUGUAAAGUCAGUCACAUAUCAGAAACUAUAAUUAAUGCCAAUCUUGUAAUUCACAUUUGGUUAAUUCUACAGUGGAGUUUCAUUGCCGACAGUUUAUGUAUAUCAUCCCUAAGCAAUGGUUUAGUUACUUUCUUAAUGUUAAUGAAGAUGUUGACAA